AUGUUUAAAGCUAAUGGAAGUAAUCGACAUCAAAUUAAUUAUCAAAGAAUUGCAACUCGAUUGUACUUAUUUGUUCUUCUCAUUUCACUUAUUAUAAUUAGUUUUUAUUUAUUAUUAAAUGAAGAUCUUCAACAAAACACAAUUCGUCAACCAUUGGAAUUUCAAUAUAAAGAACUUGAAAAAACUUAUUCUUCAAAUCUUUAUUAUCCAUGUUCAACAGUCUCAAUGAAUCAUUCAACUCUUAUUAUGAUUGAACCUUAUUUUCAUCAAAUAUGUUCAAGUGACUUAAUAUCAGAUGCAUGGAUGGAUAAUAUCAAUGGUGAUCACGUGAUGAACGAUUAUUUUUCAAUAUUUGACUAUCGAAAUUCUGGUAUAUUUCACUUUCAGUUAUUGUCAUUGUUAUGUCAACAUUCUCAACAAACAGUUAAUAUUAGUAUCAAAACAUUUCUUCAAACAUAA